UCGAUAUUUUCCUAUCAAAAUAAGGAAUAGAAUAUUUUUUAUCUCAGUUGUUGAAUAAAUUCCGUUUCAUUACAAGAUUGUGUAAAACGCGCAGAAUAAGAUAUAGUACCUCUAGUUAAUGGAACAUGGUGACUGGAAAAUCAACGACUUCAUAAGAAAACUGACGCGUUUGAGGUUUUGAAAACAACUGUUAGCAUUGCAUACAUCGAAGUAAAUCAAAGUUUAAUACUGUGGUGUAUCCAAAUGAAUUUGUGUGAACACAAUGUCAGACGAUUCGGAAGAAGCUUGUCUGGUUAGACCUAGAUCUCCAUCAGCAACAGGUGUACCAGCAGGAACAAUGCAAUACACACAUGGAAUAUCCAGUUCUCAGCUGCAAGCUCAUAACAACGCUAGUAACCACCACUCAACUCACAGCCAGGGAUCGAAUUCGACGGCACGCGGGUCCCACUCGGAAUCUGGUGAAUUGAUAGACUACAAUGACGAUACUAUUCUAAGCCAAUUCCACGCUGAUGCUAUAAAACAGGCUGGCUUUGGAAAAUUUCAACUUAUUGCUUCCAUCAUCACUGGGCUUGGUUUAUCUGGACAUGCCAUCCAAAUAUAUGCAGUAUUCUAUAUAAUACCAUCAGCGGAGGUGGAGUAUUGCAUUCUUGACAAUGAGAAAAAUUGGCUCGGCUCUAUCACUUUGUUGGGCAUGGCUUUAGGAGCACUUUUGUGGGGAGGGUUAGCUGGACGUGCUGGACGAAGAAAAUCACUAUUGAGUUGUCUAGUAGUAUGUGGCGUUUUCUCCGUUAUUGCUGCUUUCAUGCCUACUUACGGUCCGUUCAUGAUGGCUCGGUUUUGUGCAGCCGCCGGUAUUGGUGGAGCUUUACCAACUGCAUCGGUUUACCUGUGCGAGUUAACCCCUGCCAAUUUCAGAGCACGUAUAUUAGGUUUGCUAGGAGCGUUCGGCGUCACUGGCGGUUUAUUAGCAGGGGCCAUUGCAACGAUAACUGUUCCAGCAACCGGACAAAAAGUUAUUCUGGAAAAUAAGGAACACUUCAGCGCUUGGCAUCGGUACUUGUUACUCAGUACGUUGCCGACAUUUGCUUCUAUUCUAGGACUUUUUUGGUUACCAGAAUCACCUCGUUAUUUGCUAGAAAAUUCCAGAGAGGUUGAAGCAUUAACAAUUUACCAGAAAAUUUACCAGAACAAUCGAACUCGUGGCGGAUACUCAUUGACAGAAUUAGAACUACCUGGAACACGAACUCAUCGCAGUUUGCCAACAUCAGUAUUGCAGGAAAUGGCAACAAGCGUAGCUCUGUUUUUUGGAAGCUUCUUUCAGUUAUUCAACAUGUUAUAUUUAAAACGAACGAUACUUCUCUUUACCGCAUGGGUAGCAACAAUUUUAGUUUAUCAUGGACUGACCAUUUAUAUUGCCGAAUAUUCCAAAAGCAUAGAAUCGGAAAACUAUUACAGGAAUACGAUUAACAAAGAUAACAUGGUCUAUGAAAAUACCGACUUCAAUAAAUCCAUCGAAAACAUUGUCUAUUCAAAUUGUCGUUUCGUCAAUUGUACCUUCCGCAGAAUGUUUAUCAGCCAUGUAGCCUUCAAUAACUGCAGUUUUCAGAGCACUGAGUUUACCAACGUCAAGACUAGUCGUACACAAUUCAAAUUCAGCAUACUUGAAGAUGUAGGAUUGAUAGACACGGAUUUAACUGAACGCCACUUCGUUGAUUGUGUGAUGAACAACAUAACAACACUCCGUUUGUUAUCAACGUGUGACAGGGAUUUCGAGUUUAACAUUUAUCUCGACUCCUUGUGGAAAUCUCAUUUUGGUGCGUUGUUACCCGGCAUCGUGUUCAUGUUAAUGGUUGGCGAAGGAUCACACCGAUUUGGUCGAAGUAGAGCAGCAACACUGUGUUUUGGUUUCUCCAUUUGCUUGACAAUCACUGUUGCACUUCUCUACCACGAUUUACAAGUGAUAUGGACAGCUGGGUCAGCACAAGCUUUGAUGUUAGCUGGUAUUGCGGCGCUGACAUUGUUGGCUAUUGAAAGUUAUGCCACAUCAUUGAGAUGCACAGCCGUGGGGUUCUUUGUGUGUGGUGGCCAUAUCGGGGCUUUGAUAGGUGCUCCAAUGUAUGCUGCAUUUCCGGUGACCUCUUCAAAAGUAGCAGCUAUUACAUCGACAAUGUUUCUUAGCGUUCCUAUAUCGUCAGCAAUCAUUCUGAAGGACCCUUGCCUUUUACUAUAAGGAGAUUAGGAACAAUCUGCAUGCAUAUGCAUGCAAUUUUAAAUUCAUCAUAAGAACAGAUGCUUUAUCAUAAGGCUUGUAAUAGAACAUGUUAGGAAUAGUUUUCAAAGCGGUAAAGUGAUAUUUUUGUUGUUAUUUUGUUGUGAUUUUUAAUUCCAAAUGAAUCAAGGGGCGAAUGACCCUAAGGAAAAAAAACCUCUAAUAUCAUAAACAAAAAAUAUUAAUGUUGUUUAUUUGCAUAUUACAGAAUUCAUAUUUUUUGUUUAUUUCUGUAAUGUACAUCGAUAUCAUUAUAUUCUCCUUAUAUUGGUGGUAGCAAAAACAGUUUGGAUUAUUUGUCAUUGAAUAUACUGCAAUCAAAUUUACUAUGACACCAAUUCGAUUAAAUAACCAGAAAUUAAUCACCAUAGAGAAAUACAUGAAGCAGUAUGUCGGGUUAUUAUGAAUGAGCAGUUUUAAUACGAAUAAGAUGUUUUUUAUUGUAGAAAAGGCAACACAUUAAAUUUUUUGCACAGCGCUCAUAAAUUUAAAACUGAAGCAUAAAGUUAAAAUGAAACAGUUAAGAUGGUCAAUCAUCAUGUCAGAUAUUAUUUUUCUUCAAGGCUGAAGCUUAAGCAAAAAUAUUUUUACAGUACCUUGCAGUAGAAUUAGAUGUACUCUGUAUUAUGAUAUUUUGAAGAGUGUUCAAUAAGUUCUGGUGUAUAGUUUUCGCCAUCUUUUCCAAAAAGACGAAACAUAUUCAUAAUCAUGCAUGUCACUUUAUCACAUAUCUCAAAUUGAAUCAUUCCAAAUUUCAAUCAUAGUUUUGGAGUAAUAGACAUAACAUAGUCAUCAACUAUACAAAAUUCCCCCUCAUUAUGGUUAGUGAUGAAAUUCUUCAAGCGAAUGCGUAUUUGAUACGUAAUAUAUUUCAAUUAUUUCAUAUAUAAGAAGCGCGCAAACAAUAUAGUUAUUGCAAACCUAUGAGAUAAGCAAUUACCGAUAUCAGAAAUACUUAUACAGACAAGAUAGAGCAUCUUAUCACAGAGUCAUGAUUCGCUGAAACAGUAUAUUCAACUAAUUUAUGGCGAAAAUAGACCAUCCUGCUUAAACGAUUUUCGUUCUACACACUAGUUAUCAGAAUAAAGAUUAAUUAAUUUCAAACAAACAUGGUCAGUAUUCAGCUUAGAUUCAGAUGACCCUUAUUGGGGAUUUAUUGUUUCAUUUAGUGACAGCUAUGACUACACGUAUCAAUCGUUGGAUAGGCAGUAUAAUUGUGUUGCAAGCUAAUGUCAUAUUUUGAACUAUUAAACUGUUAGGAUCAAUAAAAAUAUGAUGAUAGAAAAUGUGUGAUUGCCCAACUGUAAAUCGUAAGAGAAUACAAUAUGAUGAAGAAUUAUUUUUGAAUUAAUUUUAAGCAUUAGUAAUAUUAUUUUUUAAG